UUUUGAAGUGCCCGGCUUCCUUAAAAUCCCACCGUAUGGUUUCAGCAUUGAUGUCUAAAAGCAGAAGAAUUUUUUUCUGAGCUUUUGGGGCGCCAGUUUGUAGCACAAGUUGCGUUUAUUUUGAGACAUUCGAAUCGAAAUGUCUAAAAAACGGUGCUUUUUAGACGUUAAUUGCGAUGGCAAACGGUUAGGACGGAUCGUCUUUGAGCUACACGCCGAUAUUGUCCCGAAAACUGUUGAAAAUUUCCGAGCUCUUUGCACAGGAGAAAAGGGUUUUGGUUACAAAGGAUCAACAUUUCACAAAAUAAUUCCAGGAUUUAUGAUCCAGGGUGGUGAUAUUGUUGAAAAUGAAUGUGAAAGCAAAUCGAUUUAUGGUAAAAUGUUUCCAGAUGAGAAUUUUACUUUGAAGCACACUGGCCCAGGUAUACUCUCCAUGGCUAACACAGGUGGGGACACAAACUGCUCACAGUUUUUCAUAACCACCAUCAAGACACACUGGCUGGAUGGUAGACAUGUUGUCUUUGGUAAAGUUGUUGAAGGAAUGAAGGUUGUCAGGAAAAUGGAAGAAUAUGGUUCUCAGUCUGGGAGAGCAUCAGCCAAAGUGGAAAUUGUUAAUUGCGGGGAAAUAGAAAAAUCUACAUAAAACACAGAUUCAAUACAACUUUUGUAAAGUGAUGUGGUCAAUCAAGUUAUA